AUGGGUUCAGGAUUGUUCGGAUGGCAAAGGAGAGUCAACCUUUGCACUGCGACCCUUGGACAGGGCUCAGAGAGCCCUGAGUCCCAAAUUAAUAGGAGUGGGGAUGCCAUCCCAGGACUCUUGCCUCUUUUGUCCACUCUGCUGUGUUGUAUUGGGUCACUCGUCAGGUGUUCAGGUUAUAUAUGUGUUCCCUGCAGAGCCAGUGAAGGGCAUGUUUAUAAACUUACUUGGAAAAAAGAAUCAGCAAGUAACGUUCUUGGUCACUGGGUAGAUACGGACUCCUGUUUCUAUCUGAUUUUCCAAAUCUCCAGGUCAUUGUGGUUCCCUUCUGACCUAGCCGAGCUGCAGGAGCUCUCCGAGGUCCUUCGAGAGUACCGGAAGGAGCAUGAGGCCUAUGUGUUCUUGCUCUUCUGCAGCGCCUACCUCUACAAACAGGGCUUUGCCAUCCCUGGCUCCAGUUUCCUGAACGUUUUAGCCGGCGCCUUGUUUGGGCCAUGGCUGGGGCUUCUGCUCUGCUGCGUGCUGACCUCAGUGGGUGCAUCGUGCUGCUACGUGCUGUCCAGUGUUUUUGGCAAGCAGCUGGUGGUCUCCUACUUUCCUGAUAAAGUGGCCCUGCUGCAGAGGAAGGUGGAGGAGAACAGAGACAGCCUGUUCUUCUUCUUACUGUUUCUGAGACUUUUCCCCAUGACACCAAACUGGUUCUUAAACCUCUCGGCCCCAGUUCUGAACGUACCCAUCGUGCAGUUCUGCAUCUCAGUCCUGAUCGGUUUGAUCCCGUACAAUUUCAUCUGUGUGCAGACUGGCUCCAUCCUGUCUACCCUCAGCUCCCUGGAUGCGCUCUUCUCCUGGGAGACCGUCCUGAAGCUCUUGGCCAUGGCCCUGGUGGCCUUAGUUCCUGGAACUCUCAUUAAAAGAUUCAGCCAGCAGCACCUGCGAUUGAAUGAGAAGGGGGCUGCCAGUUACAUAAAGAGUAGAAAAGACACGUGAUCUGGAUUUUCCAUUGGUUCACCUUUUCCCUCAAGUCUGUUGCUGAUUUGCAUACUGGAUGUGGUUCAUGAAGCCAUUGAUCUUGGAAAAGGGCUCUUUGCUCUGGAAGGGGGAUUGUGUAAAGCUCAUUCCACAGAAAACUCAGGAUGGUUGGUCAGUUGGGUUUGCCUCUUGCCUGCCCCUGGCAGCCUUGGGACAAGGUGGUUGUCCCUGUCCAGAGCACAGGCUGUGUGGCAGUUGUUCAGGUUACGGAAGCCAGGGCUGACUGGGAACCCACAUUGCUGAUGCGGCCCUUCUCUUCUGUCAGUCUCUCAGAGAAUGUUUGUUCUGUACUUUGUUGCUGAUGAUCUACCUCUUCCGUAAGCCAAGGGAAUCAAGUGGAUGAAUGACCCAGGACUUCCACAUAUUGCUCAGAUGCACAGUGACUUUUGUGAUGCUCUUAUGUUCAGUCCCCUGGUGUCCAUGUAUGUCACAUCUGCUGGCUCUCUGCCCUCACAAUUAAGCUGAUUGCAAACAGACUAUUAAAAAUUAAUGGAACACACUCUGUGUCUUGUGGAUAUG